CAUCUAUUCCGCAACAUUCUCUAAACUCUAAAUGCAUGGCGGGAAGAUUGGAAGCAUUGGAGGGGAUAAAAUUGAGAGAAGCCUGCUUACCGUUGAAUGUGGUGGAUACUGUUGAAACCUUGGUGAAGAUACAAUCACGUGACCAUUUGGAAGGUUCUGGCAAAGAUUGAGAGAAAGCAGCAAAUAUCGAGUUAUUAGUGUUACUACUAUUUGUCGUUCAAGUGAUGGAUAGAUUGUUAUUGAGACUAAGAGAUAUAAUUAAUUAGCACAUCCAAAUGGCUGGUCCGUCUUCUGAUCAGACUAAUAUUGCCCAGAAGACAUGGGAAUUGUCAAACUGCAUCGAAACUAUUAGCACCAUGGACGAGAUUUAUAGAUAUGACAGGAAGGAACAACAAGAUAUAUUAACUGCCAAACCAUGGGAGAAAGAUCCCCAUUUCUUCAAGGACAUAAAAAUAUCUGCAUUAGCUUUGUUAAAAAUGGUUAUGCAUGCACGAUCUGGUGGGACGCUAGAAGUAAUGGGCCUCCUACUUGGUAAAGUAGCAGCAAACACGAUGAUUGUAAUGGAUUCCUUUGCAUUGCCAGUCGAAGGGACCGAAACUAGAGUAAAUGCUCAAGCUCAAGCUUAUGAGUACAUGACAGCAUAUAUAGAAGCAGCUAAACAAGUUGGUAGAUUAGAAAAUGCGAUUGGAUGGUAUCACAGUCAUCCUGGAUAUGGUUGCUGGUUAUCUGGUAUCGACGUAUCCACCCAGAUGCUCAAUCAAAAUUUCCAAGAACCAUUUGUUGCAAUUGUUAUCGAUCCAGUGAGAACCAUCUCCGCUGGCAAAGUUUGCCUUGGUGCAUUCAGAACUUAUCCUAAAGGAUAUAAACCUGCUAAUGAAGAGCCGUCAGAAUAUCAGACAAUACCAUUGAACAAGAUCGAGGAUUUUGGUGUUCAUUGUAAACAAUAUUACUCCUUGGAGGUAUCCUACUUCAAGUCUGCAUUGGAUAGACGACUGCUCGACUCAUUAUGGAAUAAAUACUGGAACAAGUAGGCAGAGCAAUAACCCCAUUGAAGGGCUGAUGCGCUGUGUCACAAACUUUAAGGACAAGGCCACUCAGGAACGCACACCUACCUGUUCUAUCUUAUAUAUUUCUAUAUCUCGCGCGCGCGUGCAUUUGUAUCUCGAGCAACAUAUAAGGGACGGAGCUAAAAUGCGUGCAGUAUACACACAUGCGCGCGCUUACAUGCACGCACACGCACACAUAUUUAUUCAGUCAAUCGUAAAGCUGAUCGAGAAAUUAUAUGUAAGAUGUCCCGAUUAGAAAUCAUAGAAGGAAAUAUACGACUGAAAGAAAUGUGCGAUGCUUUUGAGAGAUAUGAAUUCUUAUGGUAUGUACAUACCUCUACAUCUAUAUCGCAUCACGUUAUAUCACGUUAUCAUAUUAAAUAAUUAAGUACACAAUAGCGUAUUUUAUAACUUGAUUCAUAGAAACAUUUAAAGAAAAAAAUACAUAUUUAGA